UUUUGUCAAAACGGUUAAAACCGAUCUAUUUCAUCGCGUCAAAUUACUUAUUAAUUAUUUUUUACUAUAUAUGUAUUAGCAUCUAUUAUUAUUUGUUGACUUGAAACUGAAUUUUCUGUCGCUUCGUGAACGAGACACGAGAAAGUUUGCGUUUUCCACGCAGAAAUUUCACCGACCUCGCGACUCGUCGGGCUGCCGGAAUCCGAUAUAAUCGGUUAUAAUGUACAGAUAAUGAUAUCUCCAUUUCCGUCAUACGACGAGCUACUGAAUAGCGCUUUCGCAAACAUUAGUUUGAUCGCCGACAAGACCUGGACCUUCGAUCUGGAAGAUCCUUUCCGAAAGUUAAAUCACUCUCUUUGGAUUCAAAGUUGCGAAGUAACCGCGAAGUACGAGGAAUAUGGUGAUUAUCGUCCAAGACUCGUUCGAGACGUCAUCUCCGAAUCGCGCUUGGCGAAAUACGGUAAUUACGAGUACGACGAGCAGCAUGAGAGAAUGUACAGGCCGGACGACGGUAAAUCGUCGGGUAGCGUGCCUUGCCACUUCCGUUCAGCUACGGAGGCUGUGGAACCGUGGAUGCUUCCUGAAGUUCAAGAACACUUCGCCCGGUUAAUUUCGUCCAGUUGCACGCGAUCACAUCGGGAACCCUCAGCAAUACAAAUACUAAAGAGUAACACUGCGAGGAGGGAUAAUGAAACCGUCGCUUGCUCGAACUUCCAAUUGGACUGGAACGAGAGCUCGAAAAAGCGACGUCAAAAGACCAGUCCAAAAGGGAGCAGAAAAAUUGGAUUGCGCGAUGAAUUACUUUCGGCUUAUAAAUCUGACGAGGGCGGAAAAUCAAUCAGAAUGUUUGCCCGUCAUCGCCGAUACACCGCCGAGACUGCCGCGGAAAUGCAGCUGCAGUUCCGCAUCGAGAGCAACGCUGUGCGCGACAUAUGGAACUCCGAAAAGUUUCAACAACAGCAGCAGCAACAGCAGCAGCGAUGCCAUCGACAGAACCAACAAUCACGUACCGCACAACAGACGCAGCCUGUCACCCAACAUCAUCAGUUCUACUACACAUUGCAGUAUCAACCCUUGAUCAUGCGAGAAUAUCAGCGAAAACCGUUAUUAUCACCUCCACCAUUACCACCACCGCCGCCGCCACCACCAGUUUUGAGCGCCGAAGUGCCUGAAUUCUUCCCGAAGUCGAGCCUACCUCCGAUAGCAUAUAACUUGAAUAAUGACAAAGAGCGCAAGACUUGCCAGAUACGGUACUUCCCGUCGUUGAAUGACAGGAAUUACCAGAACGAGUUGUUUCCUCAUAACAGGCCGCAGCAGGAGACUGCGGCAACUGUCUUCCCAGUAAACAAUGCUAGAAUGUCCAUAUUAUCAGCGACAGAGAUGAAUGUGUUUCGUUCGCCUCAAGAAUGGAUUCACAGAGUGGCACCACCAGUGCAAUUGCAGUUGACAGCGUCUUCCUCGUCACCAUUAUCAAUCUGCACGCCGCUGCAACCAAUUCACGAUGCUGCAAUUGUCGGCCAUCGUCCUUUACAGAUGUACGAGAAAUUUUUACCUUGUACCCAGCCAAGUUCAACGACACCCAUACCUGUGUAUCAGCGACCGGUGGAACUGUACCAGGAACCAAUGCUGAAGCGGAAGAAUCAAGGAGUCGACUUUAACAAUCUCAUAUUACUAACAAAGAACAGCAUCAAGACGCGACGAGGCCACUCGAAGCCCCCUGUUCAGCAGCCUUUCCUUCUGGAUUCCAGACAGAGCCUAAAAACUUCCAGUCGCAACGUGCAGGUGCAAUGGUUCGAUAGGGAUCACAGUGUGAAGAAAACGAAGGAGGUCGUGACCGUAAACGCACUCGUGUCCGAGCUACGCAGUUUUGAGGAAAAGUACGAAUACUGCAGAGGAGCCGAUACUAGCUGGAGAACGGUCGCCGAAUCAUCACAAGAUCAGCAAAGGUUGUCUGAAACUUCGUUCCGGUUGAAGGAUGGAAUAUAUGGGAACGAGAGCUCGAAGCGGCCGCUUUAUAGGGACGUUCUAGCAAAUGCCUCGAACGAGGAGAUCUUAGAUAAUGUCUUCGAGAAGAGGUACGACGAGCUUGAACAGCAAGCGAUGGAACAAUAUAGAAAUUCGGAGGAGUCACUGGCGCUCAAAUAUCAGGAAUUGGAACGUCAAGCAAUGGAACAAUACAGAAAUGGUAAUACAGGAGAUGAAAAGCGCUCGAUGAAUCAGGAUUGUGUCGAUGGACAAAGAUGUUCGGAAUACGGACACUGCAAUCCCGUAAAAAGACAUGCAAGAAGAAAAAGUUCUUGUUUUCCGCAAAUCACUCUAUUAAAGCCGAAGGGUAAAUCCUUGCCAAAUGUCUGUCAUGGCAAUGACAGUAAUCAUCAAGCAACCAUCGCUUCAAGAAGUUUAUCCGCAUUGACCGAAUCGUCGAAGAGAUCGAAAAACAUAUGUAAGGGUGCAUCAGGAGAUAAAAUCGAUACGAGUGUCUCAGUUCGAGCAUCGUCAAAGCGGCGUCUGAUACUGAUGUCACCCUUCGAACGCAAAUCAGAGGCCAGACAAAUAAUGAAGGCGACGGAACUACAAAAUAUUUGCUCGUUCUCUCAAACAAAAAACAACGUCCUUGAUUAUUAUCGGACUUCCGAAAUUGCCCAGAAUGGCAGCGGUGAUGAAAAUAUAACAAUUAUACAGUCACCUGGUAAUGAAGUUUGGUUGUCCGGAUUCUGGACUACUUAAGAGCAAUUUAACGAAUUUCCUUGGGAAAAAUUGAAAGACUAUCGAAGUUCCUUUGCCAAGACGACAUCGGUGGAUUGAACUGGAGAAAUUCUUCAGAAAUAAGAAGCAAGUCAUGACUUAUAAUAUAAUUAAUAUUAUAGGCAUAUAUGUAUUAUGAAUAUGUAUGUAUGUAUGAGAAGUAAGUUAUAGCGUAUUCAUGUGAUACACGUAUAUUGAUAUACAAUC